GCGAGGUCCGUGCCUCUGCGUGCGAGCCCCCGCGCCCCGCGCUCCGCCCGAGCCGCCGCCGGAGACCCGCGGGGGGCGCGGGCUGCACUGGGGGCGGCGGCGCCGCGCGUCCUCCUGGGGAGCCUCGGCCUCCGGCCGCUGCCCUCUCCCCUGAGUCGGGCCCCGAGUCCCUGUGGCCGUUAGGGACCGCGGCGAGGAAGGAAGGACGGUCUCCUCGGCGGUGGACGUUCCGCCCGGAAAAGACAGCAAGUUGUGUGCGCGCCCCGGCCCGGGGACAGAGGGCGGCCGCCGCCCGCCAGCCAUGGAUCAGCACCCUUACUACAGAGGAAAGGAAGUUGAGGCCCGGGAAGUCUGAAGCGCUGUCCUGUUCGCAGACGCUGCCCAUUACAGGACCACGCACGGAUCACCUGCGGUCCCGGUCCCCGGGGGCUUCGCACCUUCACCUGCUCCCGCAGCCCCAGCGCAGUCCCGUUGGGUCCCCACUGCCCUGCCUGGAGAAAGAUGGCGUCCAGCCUGACGUGUACUGGGGUGAUCUGGGCUUUGCUCUCGUUUCUUUGUGCUGCUACCUCCUGCGUGGGGUUCUUCAUGCCCUACUGGCUCUGGGGAUCCCAGCUGGGCAAGCCGGUGUCCUUCGGCACUUUCCGGAGGUGCUCCUACCCUGUGCAUGACGAGAGCCGGCAGAUGAUGGUGAUGGUGGAGGAGUGUGGGCGCUAUGCCUCCUUCCAGGGCAUCCCCAGUGCUGAGUGGAGGAUCUGCACCAUCGUGACCGGCCUGGGCUGCGGCCUCCUCCUCCUGGUGGCGCUCACGGCCCUCAUGGGCUGCUGCGUGUCGGAGCUCAUCUCCAGGACAGUGGGCAGAGUGGCUGGAGGAAUCCAGUUUCUGGGGGGCUUGCUGAUUGGUGCUGGCUGUGCCCUCUACCCCUUGGGCUGGGACAGCGAGGAAGUUCGGCAGACUUGCGGCUACGUUUCUGGCCAGUUUGACCUGGGCAAGUGCGAGAUCGGCUGGGCCUACUACUGCACCGGCGCGGGAGCCGCCGCCGCCGUGCUGCUGUGCGCCUGGCUGGCCUGCUUCUCGGGCAAGAAGCAGAAGCAGUACCCCUACUGAGACAGGCCCAGAAGAACCCUGCGCGGAGACGGGCGGAGGGGGCUUGGAGGGCCGAAGCACCCAGCUGCUUUCAAAAGGUGGAACCGUGGUUCUCAUUCAUGCAAGGCUUUUGACGUGAAACACAACGGAGUCAGACUUGUUCUAUAACGUGGAAGGCUUGUACAGGUUUGUAAAAGAAAUGAGAGCGUGGGAUGGUAGGGGGAAAAAAAUGGACCAAAGUCUCAAGAUAUUGUAGGGGUAUUACGUGUUUCUAUUCCACAGAGUAUUGUUAAUGUAGAACAUAUAUGCAGGCAAAACACGUCUAUAUAUGCAAACAGAGGAUUUGGAUUUUUUUUUUUUUAAGAUAAGGUCUCAGAUCAUCAAAAGGGCUAGUAGAAACAGUAUCAAGUUGGGAAGCAGGGGACCUCUCGGACGUCCCCUGCAGGCCAUGGCGCUGCUGAAAGCACACGAGCACAUAGACACGUCGCAUUCACGCCCACGCCCACGCGCAUACUUAGAAACUGCCGCAAGGACGGUACAAGAGGUUUAGCUGUGCGUUACUCCUCUGUGUUCCGUUUAACAUAGGUUUAAAAUCCUGUAUUGUCACUUUAUAAAGCAUACGUUACACCUAAUAAAUGGACCAAUAAGCCACUCUAUCAGUAUUUUGUAUAGUGGGCACAAACUCUUAUGCCCUCAGUGUUUUCCGUGUUUAUGCAGACCUUUAGAGUUAAGCCUUUGUAUUUCAAUAUUAUUCAAAAAUAUGGUGUAUUUCUCUGAGUAGCUUCUGCUAUGAUAUUCUUAUGACAUAAAGGGGCAUAUUUCUGUCCAUUUUCCAGUCAUUAGACCUUGGGAUUUUUGUUUUUUGUUUUUGUUUUGUCCAUUAUUAUACUGUGCUGUACCACCUUUAUUUCAAUAUUCAUUUUGUAAAAAAAUAAAAAAAAUGCUAUUUUGUUUGUAUUUGAAAAGCUCUGUGAAU